UGACGCAGUGCAUAUCAGGGGGGACGCCAGCUUGCCGUCCUCGCACUUCUUUUUCCAGGGGACAACUGUGGAGCCACGCACCUUCAACUGGAACAGCCGGGGGGAGCACUUUUGGACAUUUUUUUUUUUUUUUUUUUUAAAAAGGAGGGGAUGUGAGGGAUGGAGCGGCAAAAAUCGCGAGAACUUGCGCGCUGCUUCCAGUAGCGCGCACGGCUGGACUCGGCGAAUCCGGGUCGGUGUUGUUGGUCCAACUUUUGUGCGUCUCCACCUGGCCGUCCGAUCGGGUUGAGUGCGUGUGGGCGCAUCGUCAUCGUCAUCUUCCUCACGCUUGCAUGUGGCAGCCGCAGACGCCUCAGUGAGCUGCAGCCAGCCUGGGUGCGAGUUUGACGGUCCUGCCUUUACUUCAACUAAAAGUGUCCGAUGUCCGCGCACAGGAUGAUGAUCAUUGGACUCCUGCUCAGCGUCUUCUCCUAUGGUAGCGUGCCGGUGUCGGCCUCCUUAGACUGUCUGGUGGCCGAGCAGGGAUGCGUCCAGGAGCAUUCCUGCAUGGUACCGUACCGCCUGCUCGAGUACUGUGUGGCAGAGGAAGCGGUUUCGCCCCUCGGCCCGGAAGCCCGCACAGAGUGCCUUGAGGCUCAGAACUCCUUGCAUCACCAUCGCCCCCUUCAAGUGUGCAAAUGUCAUCGUGGCUCACGCAGGGAAGAACACUGCCUCAGGGUCUACUGGACUGUAAGGUUUGGAGCAUAUGAUGAGUAUGAAAUAUCUCCAUAUGAAGAACUGGAGUUGAAUCUGGUGCGAAACAUUGAGAUGUCGCACAUGGCCUCCAUCAUGGCGGCUUCCUCUGUGUCCGUCGACGGACACAAUCAGUGUCUGAAGGCCGCCCAGGACUGCGGCCUUUUUGAGAAAUGCGGCUCCCUGCGCUCAGAGUACGUGGUGGCGUGCACCAAGCGAGCGGCUGCCUCCGACAGCAGCUGCAACCGACAAAAAUGCCACAGAGCCCUGCGGCGCUUCCUGGAGCGCGUCCCCGAGGAGUACAGCUUUGCGUUGCUUUUCUGCCCCUGCUCCGAUACCUUAUGCGGGGAGCGCCGGAGGAAAACCAUCGUCCCGUCUUGUUCCUACGAGGAGAGCGCCAGGGGCGACGACCGAGUGGGCAAGCCCAACUGCCUCAGCCUGCAGAACUACUGCUCCAGAGACGAGCUGUGUAGAUCCCGCUUUGCUGAUUUCCAACACAACUGUCAGCCAGCUCCUCUCUCAGCUUCUGGCUGCAUGCGAGAGAGCAGAGCCAUGUGCCUCAAGGCCUACGCUGGACUCAUAGGCACAAUCAUGACUCCCAACUACGUGAGCAACAGCAGCACAGAGGUGUCCCAGUGGUGCACGUGUGACGGCAGCGGCAACGAAUGGCAGGGCUGCCAGCGCAUCCUACACAUGUUCAAAAACAACAUUUGUCUGCGUGCUGCCAUCAGCUCCAUGGGAAUCUCCGUUCCGCCCCCCGCUGAGAGCAGCUCCGCUCCAUCCCCCAAGCCCUCGCCGAGAGUCCACCAGGAAACGGGCCACGGCGUCAACACUCUUCCGGAAUUCACCAGCAUAGAGACCACCGAGGACGUGGAGCAAGAGGAGAUUAAGAGCGAAGAAUUCAACAUCAUCCCACCGUAUUCAGAGAAAGACUCCAACAUUGAGUCGAGGGCCACAGAGAGGCAGCAAGGAGCCGCCGGCCGAGCGGCGCCCUUCUUCCCGCUAUUGCUUCUGUCUACACUCAUCCUGGACUUGGACUGUCGGAGCUACUAAAGCCUCCAUCUUCUGCUCACGCUCUCCUCUCAUUUCCACGUUCAAAAACCAUGUCAAGCCUGUGAGGGAAGUUGUGACGAAGCAACAGCUUUCGUUUAAAAGACUCCUUAAGAGUUAAAAGAUAUCAUUCGUGCGGCAGUAUCAGUGUCUUUAGCUCCAGAGCAGAUAGAGGAGUGCAUGACUGAACUGAGAAGUGCUGCUGGGGCAAGUAGUCCAUCCAGAGCCUGCUUCACACUCUAAAGUACAUCCUCUCUUUUUAACAAGAAGCACAUUGCCAAAGGCCACACUCACUGUACGUGAUCUCCCUCCCCACGAAAAAAAAAAGCUUUGGUCCAAUGCAACCAAGCCACAGUACGCCUUCUGAAUCCUUUUUCAUGACUCAUCCCUUACUCACUCCACCCUCCGGCUUUCCCUCUCCCUCCAUCAUCCCAUGCUGUACAAAGAUGGUUUGCUGAAUGAGUUCAUCAUUAAUGGGAAGUCCACCUCACGCCACUCUACAACUCUGUUUGAAGAACAAAGGUAGAGGUCCACUCUGUCCUAAAACAUACUUAUUAUUAAGCUCAUUAGGAUCCGUCCUGGUUGUUGCAUUAAAUCGAUCGCGACUGGACUACUUAGGUUGUGUUAGAAGAUGUUUUACCUCUUCACCAGUUCAUGCUCAAAUACUUCAUAGGCCAUCUCUCAUCUGAGGGGAUGCCGUAGGGAUCCAGAGUAUUUUUCCUCUUAACGGUUGUUAAGAUAAACUCCACGGUGUCUUAGCGACUGUGGUUCUGCAGCACAACGGAGUGAAGCCACUCCCCUUGAGGGAUAAAUACUUUGGAUCCAUCACCAUGCCCUCAGACCUGAGAUAAGAGGUGAAAUGUCCUCUAAAGUGAGGUAUACACAUAAAGACUCUUGAGCUUAUUUUAGUCCCCAUUUAUCCCCUACCGACCAAAGACGGCAAAAGCUUGAAAAUGGUAUGUCUCAUAUAAGAUUUUACACCAAAAAAGGAUGUACCGUAAAUUCCCGACUAUAAGCCACUACUUUUUUUCCUAAACUUUGCACCCUGCGGUUUAAAAAACGGUGCGGUUUACUGAUAGAUUUUUCUUUGCCGACGACCAUAAUGCAAAUAGUUUUCAAAGAAAAACAUGCAACUACACUGAAAAGGUGUCCUAUUGUUUGUGCUACGGCGCCAUCUUUUGGACAAGUUCGCUCACUGCAGGUGCUUUAGUGCCCUUCUGUUUAGAGCUUUCAACCGGAAGUACAAGUGUCGUUCCGUCUUUUAGUUGUCCAUAGCGUUUCUAAUCGAAAGGAUUCUUUGUUCAUCACUCCAAGCAUUGUUUGUAGGUUUCACAUUACAACUAAAACAAUUCAUAUUUACUAAACCAUCCCAUGUGUGACGUCUGUAGGAGUGUUUUCAUGCAUAUUUGUACGUUCUAUCGUAAUGUAAUGGAGCUAGCGUGGUUAGCAUGAACUAAUAUGCUAACAUGUUUACAAGUGUCUGUGUUAGUAUUAUUAACUUACAAUGGCAUUCUUUUUGUAUUGUUUCAAUUUCUUAAAUUCACCAAAACGUCACCGUGGAGUUACGAGUCUGUUGUGCUGAUUGGAGAGCUAGCCUCAGCAGCUAGUGGGUCCAUGACGAUGCUUUCUGUUUGGAUUGAUCAACCGUUUUACUGCUGUGUUACAGGCACAGUUUGGAAACAAUUAAGGUAUGUAAAUAAACAUUUACAAAAUC